UUCUGCCCCUCCCCAGCACCCCGUUAUUCCCCGUUAUGCCCCCCCAGCACCCCGUUAUUCCCCGUUCCGCCCCCCAGCACCCCGUUAUUCCCCAUUCUGCCCCUCCCAGCACCCCGUUAUUCCCCGUUCUGCCCUCCCAGCACCCCGUUAUUGCCUCUUCCGCCCCCCCCCAAGCCACCCCCUCCGUGUGCCCCCCUCCUGCCAUCCCCACUUUCCACGCGGGACCCUCCAGAGACCCUCAGUCCCCAUCCCUGUCCCUCUCCCCGAGCCUCUUCUCCCUCUCCCCCCCCCCCCAAAAAAACCAUCCUCACACUCCUCCGGUGCCAGCCCUUCUCCGAUGCGGGGUCCCCUCCUGGCGGGGGCCAUGGGGGGCGCGGGGGGUCCCCUGGCCCGCACCAUCCGCGCCAAGCUGACGGCGGCCCUGCAGCCCACCCACCUGGAGGUGCGGGACGACUCCCCCCGCCACGGGGGCCCCCCCGGAGCCGAGACUCAUUUCGGGGUGCUGGUGGUGAGCGGGCGCUUCGCGGGGCUGCCGCUGCUGCAGCGGCACCGCCUGGUGCACGAGGCGCUGCGGGCCGAGCUGGCCGGGCCCCUGCACGCCCUGCAGGUGGUCGCCCGCACCCCCGAGCAGUGGCAGAGUGACCCCCAAAACCCCCCCGCGCCCCCUUGCCUGGGGGGCUCCAAGCGGGAGAAGCAGAAGGAGGAGGUGGAGAAGCAGUGAUGGCUUUGGGAGACGCCCAGGAACGGCGUGGGGCUGCUGGGACCCCCCCCCUCCACUCAGAAACAGCGUGGGGACCCCCCUCCAGGAACAGCGUGGAGAGCCAGGACCCCCCCCCCAGGAAUAAUGUGGGGUUCCCAGGAACACCUCCAUGGACAGCGUGGGGAUCCCAGGAACAACGUGGGGAUCCCAGGACCCCCCCCCAGGCAUGGUGUGGGGAUCCCGGGACCCCCCCCAUUGACAACGUGGGGAUCCCUGGACCCCCCCCAAGGCAUGGUGUGGGGAUCCCGGGACCCCCCCCAUUGACAGCGUGGGGAUCCCAAGAACAACAUGGGGAUCCUGGGACCCCCCCCAGGAACAACGUGGGGAUCCCAGGACCCCCCCCCAGGCAUGGUGUGGGGAUCCCAAGAACCCCCCAUGGACAGCGUGGGGAUCCCAGGACCCCCCCCAGGAACAACGUGGGGAUUCCAGGACCCCCCCAGGAAUAACGUGGGGAUCUCAGGACCCCCCCAGGAGCAACGUGGGGAUCCCGGGACCCCCCCCUAUUGACAGCGUGGGGAUCCCAGGACCCCCCCCCCCAGGCACAGUGUGGGGUUCCUGAGAUCCCCCCAGGAACAGCAUGGGGAGCCAGGACCCCCCCAGGAACAAUGUGGGGCUCCCAGGACCCCCCCCCCAGGAACAACACGGAGCUGCCAGGACCCCACAAGGGACAGUGUGGGGUUCCUGGGACCCCCCCCCAGGCACAAUGUGGGGUUCCUGGGACCCCCACCCCAGUGUCAGCGUUGGGAGGGGUCAAAAAUAAUGGGGGUGACCCCCCCACACACCCCAUAGCACCCCCACCCUGCAGGGGAUUUUUUUGGGGUGUCCCUCCCAUUGAAUCAGUUUAAAUAAAUGUGUUCUGUGGGCA